UCGUGGCCCAGCAGGUGGGGCCGAGCGAGGGCGGAGCGCAACUUUCCCUCGGCAGCGGCUACACUCCCGGGGCGCCUUUUCCCUUUGCAAACUCGCGGCUCCUGGGGCGCGUCUGGCUGUUGCUGGCGGGUAAGUCAUCGAGAGCAAAGGACGCCUGACUUUCUACUCCACUUCUCGGGCGCUGGGGAGACCCCAUUGAGGCGGGCGGGCGCGCGCAUUCGUGCCUCACCUCUCGCGCUUCGGCCGGUGCCGUUGCCCGAGGCGCCCCAGCCGCGCCUUCUUGGCGCGCCGUCGCGGCUUCUUCCUGGGAUUAUUGGAAACGGUGCGCGUUGCGCGCUUGGGGCAGCAGUUUUGCCUCAUCAGGAGUGCCAGCUCCUGAAUUUUGUGGGUGCUCGGGCACCCAGGGCCCCGGCGCCUAUGCCAGGCAACGUUCGAUGGGGAACAUAGGUGUCAGUUCCCCGGGGCCCUGGAUGCCCAAGCUGAGCACCCACAAAAUUCCGUGCCAGGGCCAUGGCACCCACGGCUCCAGGCACCCACGGUCGCGGGGCCAAGUUGACACUCCUGUUGCCUUGGGAAUCUUCAGGGGUGCAGCGGGAGAAACUCCGACCUCCCAUUCCGACAAGCCGGGCUUAGGACUUCCGAUGGGUUUCCAUCUCUGGCCUGGUUUGAUACAACAGCCUCAGUCUUAAUAUAGAUAUUGCCCAACAUGGGUUUGGGAUUCCUCUCCCUCCCCACGCCCAUUUUUGUUAGAGCUUUCUUGAAACUCUCUGAGGUGCAGGAUGUGCAGGGAAAGGGCAUGAUGACUUAUACGGAUGGAAUCAUGGGUGAAUGAAGCUCUUUCACAUGUUAGCAGCACUCCUGUUGGGACUGUAAUGUUCCAAGGUAAAGCUGAGUGGAAUUGCAUACUUGUGAUCUGGCUUGGAUCAAAGGCCUCUCAGCUCAUGGAAAGCAAGCAUUUGAGGGAGAAGCUUUCUGCGUGCAGGGAAUGUGGUAGAGCUUCAUAAUAUUUAAUACAGUGGUACCUCUGGAUGCACUAGGGACGCGGGUGGCGCUGUGGGUAAAACCUCAGUGCCUAGGACUUGCCGAUCGCAUGGUCGGCGGUUCGAAUCCCCGCGGCGGGGUGAGCUCCCGUCUUUCGGUCCCAGCUCCUGCCCACGUAGCAGUUCAAAAGCACCCCCAAGUGCAAGUAGAUAAAUAGGUACCGCUUUAUAGCGGGAAGGUAAACGGCGUUUCCGUGCGCUGCGCUGGUGCUGGCUCGCCAGAGCAGCUUCGUCACGCUGGCCACGUGACCCGGAAGUGUCUCCGGACAGUGCUGGCCCCCAGCCUCUUAAGUGAGAUGGGCGCACAACCCUAGAGUCGGACACGACUGGCCCGUACGGGCAGGGGUACCUUUACCUUACCUCUGGAUGCGAACGGGAUCCAUUCCGGAGCCCCGUUCACAUCUUGAAGCAAACGCAACCCGCACGUCUGUGCAUGCACGGUUCGCAAUUUGCUGCUUCUGCGAAUGCGUGUGACAUCAUUUUGCGUGUCUGCACAUGCACGAGCACAACCCGAAAAUGCUUAACCCAAAGCUACUUCAACCCAAGGUAUGACUGUACACACACUUGCACACCCCUGCAGUUUGGAGCAGGGUGGUCCUGAGAGGACUAUACCAUGUAAAAAUUCUGGGCACUUGAUUUGGUUUAAGGAUUAGAGAAGUUCAUGGAGCAUCGGUCUAUCUGUGGCUGUUUUCCAUAAUAGACAUUAAUUGGGGCUGCCACACGUCCAGAAUUUCCUGGACAUAGCCGGUAUUUGGCUGUUGAAAACAGAGUCUGGGUGGAAAUCACUGAAAUGUCUGGGGAAAUCUGGAUAUAUGGCAGUCUAUGUUGGAAGUGCAUAUUUUGGUGAAUUUCCUUUAAAAUAGCUCAAAAACUACCUUUUUGCAGAAGGAAAAAAAAAACCUAAACAACUUUGCCAAAAAAGGUUUUACAACGUUUGUGUCCAGAUUUUCACUUUUUGAAAUAUGGCAACCCUACAUUAAUGAAACCUUGGCAGGAUCUCUUGGUAUAUAAUAUGAUGCUGUGGUUAAAAGUGUGGUGGUGGCAGUAUAAAUCACGCUUUCUUUCAGCUAGCCGCUUUUGGAGAGAGUGUGUUGGAACAGUAUGGGCAGAGUAAUCCCAACUUUCCCUGCUAAUAUUCUCUAAGUUUGUCUAGAGACUGUGUUGAUCAACACCUGGUAAAACUCUCUGGGAAACCUGCUAUAUGGCUGUGCAGGACUUGAGCGUUUGCACAUUACAAGUACACCUUGGUCUCUUGAAAAACCAACAGUCUGUAUGAGCCCUGAGAGAUAGUGGAGGCUGAUAAACUCUUAAUAACCCUAGGACAGUCUGAAACCAGCUUGAGUCAGCAUCUACACUGGCUAUGCUUCAGUGCAGGAAGAAAAGAAGUGAAUUGAUAAGGGUUGCUGAACCCUCAUUGCCCUGCUUACCUCCACAGGUCGCUUCCAGAUGACCUGUAUGCUAAGCAGUGGCUGGCUUAUUCAAUUAGAGCAUGGUGCCAAGGUUGCAGGUUCAAUUCCCAUAUGGGACAGCUGCAUAUUCCUUCAUUGCAGGGGGUUGGACUAGAUGAUCCUCAGGGUCCCUUCCAGCUUUACAAUUCUAUGAUUCUAUGAUUUUCACUCUUCCUGAAUUGCUUGCACAAGGUGUCUGGGCUGGUUAGACACCUUUAAUUCUGAUCUCUUUGUGGGAAGGUUAGACAGCACUGUGUGAAGCAAUGGCUAUCCCAUAUUUUCUAGUGAAUUGCAUUGCUACUUUCCUUUUCCAUCUCUUUUAAAAAGCAGAUUUCUUGUCCAGUAGUGCCUUUGAUUGUGUGCAACCUUAAUUUGUUAAAUAAGUUGGAGUUCUUGUUAUUAAAUAUACCAAGAAAAAAAGCACACCAAGAACUCUGGCCAAUAUAAGUUUCAAUAGUGGGAGUGGUCCCUACUCGCAAAUCAGUAGUCAAUUAUAACAAAAACUGAUCCAUUCAAAAGUAUGUAUUCUGACAAGGAUUACAAACUCAAACAGAGAUUACAAACUCAAAUUCAUAAGGAUAUGUGUGACACAAUAAUUCGUUACAGUGUUAGAGAUAAGAGUUUAUGAGUAGAGAUAAGUUCAUAUUAGUCCGUAGUCAGAUUUGACGUGAAGAUCUUUGUUUCAGUUAUUGAGCAAAAGUCAGAAGUCAAUUAUGGAUAAGAAGCCAGGACAGGCCCCUGUUUUGGUGUAUUCACCUCUAUCAGCUGGAAGUAUCAAACAUUACAUGAAAAUACAUUUAAAUUCCAAAUUAUCAUAAAUUAUAGAACAGUAUUAUACAACAUUUGGUUGGGAUGCGGGUGGCGCUGUGGGUAAAACCUCAGCGCCUAGGACUUGCCGAUCGCAUGGUCGGUGGUUCGAAUCCCCGCGGCGGGGUGCGCUCCCGUCGCUCGGUCCCAGCGCCUGCCAACCUAGCAGUUUGAAAGCACCCCCGGGUGCAAGUAGAUAAAUAGGGACCGCUUACCAGCGGGAAGGUAAACGGCGUUCCGUGUGCUGCGCUGGCUCGCCAGAUGCAGCUUGUCACGCUGGCCACGUGACCCGGAAGUGUCUGCGGACAGCGCUGGCUCCCGGCCUAUAGAGUGAGAUGAGCGCACAACCCUAGAGUCUGUCAAGACUGGCCCGUACGGGCAGGGGUACCUUUACCUUUACCUAUUAUACAACAUUUGGUUCCUUACCUUACUUCUUUCCUUUUCAAUCUUUUUUUUAAAAGCAGACUUGUUGUUCAGUAGUGCCUUUGAUUGUGUGCAACCUUAAUUUGUUGGCACGUGACUGGAUCACUUAAAAAAAAUAACAGUAAUCUGGAACUGCCUAGAGUCUGCCUCAAAGCAGCAUAUUUUAUCAGGUGCUGAAGUGAGCCCUGCUUAGAGAGGUGCAUACCCAAUUUGUUAUCUAAACCAGAACCCCACCUGUGCUUUAUAUGAUACUGGGGAAGACCCACAUUUGAAGAGAUGGCUUUUCCCUCAUUGCCCCUGGUAUGUCCUUUCUUCACUAAGCCCGAUUUUGAGAAGCAGAGGAAGGCUCUCUAACUGCUUUUACUCCUCUGCAACCCUUGUUUCCAUAACUUCACGUUGGGUGGGGCAAAUUUCUCCCAAGCAAAACACUGAGCUAACUUUAUGCUUUAAGCCGUGUGUGCUUGUGGCAAAGAACAUCCCUGUUUAAGGAUCUGAGUCAAUACGCCUUUUCCUGUGUUGCGUAUUUGAGCUUGGACAGUUUCCAAAGUUCUCUGGGUAAAAAAAUAAAAUAAACCAUGGGCGGGAGGAUGUUAGAUAUACAGUGUAUUCCCUCCGCUGUUCAUUCCCUGUGGCCUGUGACUCAGGCCAGAAUGGUGAGUUAUUCAGAAGCCUGUUUUCAUUUGGGGGGUGGGGGGGUGGAAUGAAUGGGAAUGGAGACUUUGCAAACUUGAAACAGCAGUUGGGAGGGUUGUUGAUGUGGUAUCCAAAUGUAGCAAACUGGAUUGUACAAGCUGUGGUUCUCUUCUCAAAUCAGGACCUGAUACUAUGGUUUGGAAACAAACAAUGGUUUGCUUCAUUCAGGCAAAAUGGUGCCUAAAACAGUUGCAGUGGAACGGAGUGCAGGAAGACAUAGCUAACUGACUGCAACAGUCGGAGGGAGCUGGUUUUUGUUGCCAGUGUCACAGUGUGUGCGCAGGCCUCACUAUAGAUUUGUAGAUGUAGAGUUAUUGUGAAUCUUAAAAGGUGCAGAACGGGAUUUGGAUACGCCCAGCAGCAACAUCACGAGAAUUGCCGCAGGAAUGUAUUGGAAAGAACAGAAUGCUAAUUGUCUUCAUUUUAUUUUAUAGCAUUUUAAAGCCCUUUAAUAUUUCAAAAAUAUCUUAAGUAAUGCUCACUAUGUGCAAUAUAAAAACAAUGUUCAUUAAAUUAAAAAUAGACCCUAAAAAUACCCAACUGUAUAAAAACAGGUAAAAGCAAAUAAAACGGAUUCAGGAGUUUCAUACACAUUAAUCCAGGUCUGAACAUAGGAGUCCGAGAAAGCCUGGUGGAAAAGAUGAGUCUUUACAAGAACAUACAUAUUUUAUUGUGUUAGUGUAUUUUAUAAUAACAUGCCCGGUGUUGCAUUCUGUUAACAUCUGCUUAUUCUUCCAGAGUCAUUCUGAGAGAAGAUCAUAAUGGCUUCUGUUUGGGUGAGUAAAAUCAUGUUGUCCGCAUACCUUACUCUUGUGCAUUUGGGAUCCUCUCUGUUUGCUUGGAGACUGAACUUUAGAGAGAGAAAACAGAGAAAGUCUGAGUCCUUUGCAUGACACACUUCUGGCUGUUUUGCUCAUGUGCCAUUUUGAAAAACUAUUGCCGGAUAAUGAAAUUAUUUGUUUAGUGUGGAGAUCACAGCUUUGCUUAAGGUCUGUUAGUAUCCCAGCCAGCUAGCCUCUUCUGAGAAGGGCAUCAUCUAAAAGCAAAUUCUGAAACAUUGGGAGCUGCCUUGCACCAAAAUCAGAUCCAUUAGUCUUUCUAUCUCUGUAAUGUUCACACUGAGUGGCAGCACCUCUCUAGUUUCAGACAGGGUGUAUUUUCAGACAGGUGUGGUAUUCAACUAACUUUUACUCAGGGUUAGACCCAUUGAAAUUAAUGAACAUGACUCAGUUAAUACCUCCUGCAUAAAAAGCAUGUGUUCUAUCACUGAGCAGUAGUCCUUUCUAAGGUCUGUAUUCCCCCAGCCUCCUCAGAAUACCAUAUUGCUGAUAAUGAAAUUUUUUGCUCCACUUCCUUUCUUUGUCGAAUUUGUAACAAACCUCUCAGUCAAGGGUAAUUAACUGAAAGAUGGAUUCAGACUCAUGUGGUUAAACUGUUAAGGUUUCUCUAAUGUGACGAUUGCACUACUAUUCAUUCAUUUGCUCGCUCAUUCGUUCAUUUUUCUGGAAAUUUAUUUCACUUUCCUCUCCUUAGCAGGAGUCCUACGUUAUCUUGCGAAUGGGUCACUCCUCAUCCCACAGGUGGGGCGCGGGGAACCCCACAUUUAAUCUUGUAGCUCCAAAGCUGUCACUUUUCUUUUAGGGAGAAGAUAAUAAGCUAUGAAAGAUGGGCCUUGUUCCUCAACGCUAGCAAGAGCCUUGGCUUUGUAGCAAAUGUUUCCCACAUCUGAGUUGUCUCUCUGGGCAAAAUAUCACCAUGGAAGAAAUUCGAGAAGUGGCUCCCAGGGUGACAGACAAAUCAGGUUCAGGAACUGCCUCUAGGUUUGAGGAGAGUCACUCUCUGGUAACAUUGAUGUGCCCUUUCUUAGUAUCUUUACCCGAGAGCAACAUCCCACAAUUAUGAGCCGCCAUUUUAAUUUCCCAGAAUGUUCCAGAAUGCCCAACGUGGCAGCACUCUGGGGCACUGUGGAAAAUUAAAACAGGGGGUUGCCAAGCCCAGAAUGGGAGUCUUGGGCUGGUGGCAGCAAUGUGGGUCCUGCUGAGGUGAUAGGGCUGGAAUGUGACCUGAAAAACUGGCCUGACCAGUUUUUCUGGAAGGAUUUUCAAAUACGUUUGGGAUGUGGUUACGACAUCCACACACUUUAGAUACAACGAGGCUGUGGUUCUGUCAGUGUUAUCACAGCAGGGUCCCUCAACCAGGUGUGCUCCCUCAGCUUUGGACUACAACUCCCAUCAGCCCUUGCUAGCAGGCCCCAAGUAGGACAAGGCUGCUCUGUGGGAACUGAAGAGCCACAGGCAGUUUAGUCCGUUACAGAAACAGGAAGGAAGCAGAAGAUGGAGACGGCAGCUCAUGUCUCCACUUCAGCAAACAUCCUGGAGCCAGCAAAUGUGUACAAAGCUUGUGUACAAAGCAGAGUAACGCCCACAUGCAAGACUUCCCUGACUCACUGUCUACCUGGCUUCAACCGCACUUUGUCUCCACGAUGUGAAGGAUUGGCUUUCAGCUCUUCCUCUCAGCCUAUCACACACAGUGCGCACUGCUGCACCAGCAGUCUCAGGAAUGUGCGAGCUGCAUGUGCCUUUCAUUGUUCUUGACUGUGGCUGAAUUUGAGCAUGUUCAGAGCCCCACGCAGGCAGGAUUUUGGCAUCAGGAAAACUGCUUCGCUUUUAUUUCUUCAUUUCCAGUGGAUGAACUAAGUCAACAUUCCUGAAUGGCUGAGCUCAUAAGCUCCUGGUGUGUGUGUGUGUGUGUGUGUUUUCGUUUUCCCUUAUCCACACCCAAGUGAAUUUCCUCUGGCCUCCUCUGGUUAGAUCAGAUCUUAUAAGCAAAAGGCCAGGACUUUGAUUUGUUUGCUGCCCCAUUAUAUUUUAACCUUAGAGAGGCUUAUGAACAUACAUCUUAUUUUAAUGAAUUGACUUUUGUGCAACUUCGGAAAGCUUUUACAGAGUCAUGAUUAAAUACAAUAAACUCUGCUUAUAGAGAUGGGAGACACAGAGGCAUAUCAACAAACAAACAUGUCUGCAUUAGGGGAUGUUCUGAAGGAGAGGAACUUAUGCAUUAUAUCUUGCGCUGCCCCUUAUAUAAUGAAGCAAGAGAAAGAUUUUUGGCACCUAUAAUCACAAAGUCUCCUGGCCAGAACACCUCUGACAUGAUUUUAUAUCUCCUCGCAGACACAGAUAAGUAUGUGACCUGGUGGGUAGCACUUUUUGCAACUGCCGCUAGGAAAAUUAGAGCAAAUGAUAUAGCCAAGGUAGCCACCAACUAUAAAGGAGAUGAAUUUAUUUGACCCUCUCUACAUCAAGCUAUAUUCCAUCUUUAUCACCAAACUCCGAAUAUAAUUGCACAUUGUAUUAAUUAACUUUAUUUUUUAAUAUAUCAGUGACCAUGUGAUAAUUUUAGCUUAUAAAUUUUAAUGUUUAAUGUCUUAACUUGUAUAUUAAGGUACUUUUAUAGCUCUGUGUAGAGUAGCUAAUGUCUUGAUAAUGUUAACGGAGAAAUCUGAGGGCUCCCUUGGACAAAAGAACAAGGACACCAGCCAGGAAUACCAGAGCAAAAGAAGCAGCCCGUAGGCUUGGUCUUUAUUGAAGACUGUCGCGACAGGACUCCCACCUGCCACAAGGUGUAACAAGAUGGAAGCCCCAAACAAAAGAGCCCCCAAACUUUUAUUAGCUGCUAAUCCCCAUUUUACACCCCACCCCAAACUACAUCACUCAUACAUCACGGUUACAUCAUGAAAGGGGAGGUCUGGUGGAAGUAAUCUGAGCAUCCUGGACCCUGCCCCAUGGUUCUCCUUUCUUAUAUCCAUCAAAACCUAUUUACACUGUUGAAUUUAUCUUAAUGCUGCCAACGUUUUCAAGUGUACACAAUUUCCCCCCAUAUAUUCGAUAAACAUUUUCCAAUCUUCUUUAAAUGUAUGUUCUUCUUGUUCUCUUAUUCUAUAUGUUAGAUCCACAAGCUGCGCAUAUUCCAUCAGUUUAAGUUGCCAUUCUUCUUUGGUUGGGACCUCGCUGGUUUUCCAUUUUUGGUAUAAUAAUAAUAAUAAUAAUAAUGGACACUUCCUUUCUCCCUGCUCUCCCUAUUUUAGGUUGGCACUAGGGGAACGAUUCGGGAUGCUCCUGGCUUUAAUGCAUCGAGAGAUGCUGAAGCAAUUCGGAAAGCAAUUCGGGGAAUAGGUAAGUGGUCUCGGUCCUCUGCGUCCUUCUCCGUUUCAGGCAGGCAGGCAGGCAGGCAGAAGAUCUGGUCAGAUGUUGCCUCACCCUAGGAUUUCUGUAUAAACACCAUCUUCUGCAUCUGGCUCAGUCUGCUUCAUGUUGCCUUAGUGUUGCACCAGCUCUUGUGGCUUUGAUGCCUGCAGUCACCCGCAGGACACUGUGCAAAGCAACCACUGAUAAUCCCAGAUUAACUUUAGGAUCAGCCUGAGGGCCCUCAUGUAGCUCAUGUGGAGCAGGUAAAGGUAAAGGGAUCCCUGACUGUUAAGUCCAGUCGUGGCCGACUCUGGGGUUGCAGCGCUCAUCUUGCUUUAUUGGCCAAGGGAGCCAGCGUACAGCUUCCAGGUCAUGUGGCCAGCAUGACUAAGCCGCUUCUGGCGAACCAGAGCAGCGCACAGAAACACUGUUUACCUUCCCGCCAGAGCAGUACCUAUUUAUCUACUUGCACUUUGACAUGCUUUCGAACUGCUAGGUUGGCAGGAGCUGGGACCGAGCAACGGGAACUCACCCCGUCGCGGGGAUUCGAACCACCGACCUUCUGAUCGGCAAGCUCUAGGCUCAGUUUAGACCACAGCACCACCCGCUCAUGUGGAGAGCCUGAUGCAAAUUGCACCCCCGAGCAGGAGUAAAAACUUUCUGUAUCUGUUGGGAAAUCUGUUAACAGACAUUGGCCUCCCUCUGUCUCAAGAGAAAAUGUAGUGUUCCUCCAGGGUCGUGAAGUCAACCCAUUGCAUUAGCAGCAGCAAAGCGACCUCUCUGGUGUGCAAGCUUAGGCAGUGUGGAUGGAGGGCCUGGGCUGCCCAAAUGACAAGACCCACCCCCUCUUGGCCCUGCUGAUGGGAGGAACACAGAGCAAAAUAUUUGGCACCAGCUUGACUGCAGGAGUUUCCAGAAGGAAGAGGUUGGAUUUGAUAUCCCGCUUUAUCACUACCCUAAGGAGUCUCAAAGCGGCUAACAUUCUCCCUUCCCUUCCUUGCCCACAACAAACACUCUGUGAGGCUGAGAGACUUCAGAGAAGUGUGACUAGCCCAAGGUCACCCAGCAGCUGCAUGUGGAGGAGCGGGGAAGCGAACCCGGUUCACCAGAUUACGAGUCCACCGCUCUUAACCACUACACCACACUGGCAAGGUGCCAUCCAACCGUCUUAUGGAUUUCUGUAGGUUUACUCUUUCACAUUUUUGUUCUCUCGAAGAUAUCCCAUAAGGCAGCAGAGAUUUAGUGUCAGACUUUUCCUUCUCCUACAUGGGAUACCUUCCCAGGUUGACGAGCCCCACCUGCCCCUCACUUUUGCUAUAUGACCUUUCAAGAACCCUUUCAGCGCUAUUAAUUUUUAAAACACACACACACAUACGUAUCAGGUACACAAACAUUAGUCAUAACAGCUGACAAUUUAUUUGCAUAGUCUGUGAAACAAAAUGACACUAAAACGCAAAUUAUCGUAAACUUCCGUUUUAUAUAUAUAUAUAUAUAUAUAUAUAUUCAUUCAUUCCCCACCCAUCGGUGCUGGACCUCAGUGUCCGGACUAAACAAUGGGGGUAGAGACGCUCCUUCAGGUACACAGGGCCAAGGCUGUUUAGGGUCAGCACCAACACUUUGAAUUGUGCUCGGAAGCAUACUGGGAGCUAAUGUAGGUCUUUCAGGACCGGUGUUAUGUGGUCUUGGCGGCUGCUCCCAGUCACCAGUCUAGCUGCUGCAUUCUGGAUUAGUUGCAGUUUCCAGGUCACCUUCAAAGGUAGCCCCAUGCAGAGCACAUUGCAGUAGUCCAUGCGGGAGAUAACUAGACAGCUGCCCUGGACACAGAAUUGACCUGUGCCUCCAUGGACAGCUGUGAGUCAAAGAAAGUUGCCUUAUACUGAGUCUGACCAUUGGGGCAUCAGACUCAGUGUUGCCUACACUGGAUGGCAGCAGCUCUUCGGGAUUUUAGACAAGGUUGUCCGCCAGCCCUACCUGGAGAUUGAACCCAGAACUUUCUACAUGCAGAUCAGAUGCUCUACCACUGAACUAUGGCCCUUCCCAGUGUUAGUCAUAUUCAGAGCAGGCCCACAUCGAAAUCGGUGCACAUGAAACUUGAGGCUAUUGAUUUCAGUGAGUUUGACUCAGUUGCAAACGAACAGCUAAUUAUUCCAUGCCGGCUUAGCAAUUAAACUCUCCUGUGGUCCACAGAAAUGAUGAUCCGCAGUUCUUGAAUUUAAUUCCAUUCAUUCCAGCCGAAUCAGGGUUGCUUGUACAAGAAUGAGAACAAAGUUAUCUAAACAAUUCAUUUUCCCACGGUUUCCCCUUUUUCACCUCUGUGCCAUUGAUCCAAUAAGUUAACACGACACGUUUAAUUAAAGCUCUGCACUUAAUUUCCCACUCAGUGAUAGCUUCAGUUCCCCCCUCCCUCCAGUUGGCAUUUCUGCAGCCAAUAAUUAGUCAUAAAUUAAUUAAAUCUCACGUCCUGGUCUUAUCCCUUCCAGAAAACCCAAAUUCAUUAUUUUGUGAUCUGCUUCUGAUAGCUAAUAGCUAUCGACGGAACUCUCCUCUGUGAAUUUGUUGAUUUAUCUUUUAAAGUCGUCCAGCCUAUAGAGCAUCACAAAAGGACUGGUGGGUGUUCUUCCAAUGCACAGUCUGCAGGGGUUGCCAUAUUGUGCUAUUGAGGGGCUUGUGGCAGCUGUCAUGGCUGGAUGCAGAGGAACGGUGGGAGGAAACAGCUGGGGAACCCCUAAGAGAAGAUGCCUCAGAGCCAGAGGGUGAUGAGUGGUCAGAUGGGGGAAGAGAGAGAAGACUGGGAGGAGGAGGUGUCAGAAGCUGGAGCAGUAACAGGGCUUAGUGAGCAGGAAGAGGCUGUGGAGAGAGCAGUCCAGACUCAGAGGUAGAAGUGGAGGCUGAAGAGGAGUGGAGCCAAGAGGCAGAGAUGAGUCUGGCUGGUGAAGAGGCAUGGGUGUCUCCCCCUCCUGCUGCGACCAGCUCCCGUCCCCACUGGUUUCCCAGAACUAGAAAAGGGAUGAAGAGAGUGGAGCAAAGGCAGACAAAGCAACAGAGUCUCAGAUUGCUCCGGAAGGUGCUGAGGGAGGAGGAGACUUAGGCAACUGUGGGAUGGUGGGAACCUUCAGUCCUCACAACUGACUCAUUGUGGCAAGACCUACUGGGAAGAGUUGCUGCGCUUGCUAGGCCUGGCCUCCUGAGAUGUUUUGUUUCUUUCCCCCUUCACAUUUGACAGGAAAUAUCUUUAAUAUCCGAAGUCUACAGAAACGCUUUGUCAAGCAGCCGCAAAUUCCCUACAUAACAUAGAUGUAUCCUGCUGGCAACUCUUAAAUUCUCUCUUUUUAAAAAAAGAAUAAUAAUUUUUAUUAAAUUUUCCAUUUUAACAAUCCAAUCAAAUCACAUUAAGUAUUCCAAAUUAUACAAAUACAUAUAGUCCAAAUAUUCUGCCAAAUUAUAAAUUUUUGUUGGGGCUUCCCAUGCUUCAAGUUCAGUGGGGUUCCAAUAAUCUUAUGUUUCUACUGCCUUGAGUUUCCAAUAGUUCCUUCUUUAAAUCUUCCUGUUGCUAUCCUUUUCUUUCGUGGCCUCUGAGUUGUUUCCACAGGGGAGUUGAAAUAAACAAUAAUGUGCUUCUGUGUGAAAUUUGUAUGACUCUCCUUUUUUUUUUUGCAGCUGGUAAGUCUGUUUGCAGAAUGUCCUCACAUGCUGGUGUUUAUGCCGAAUCAAUCCAAAAGUCCUUCUCUGGUGGCAGACGCCAUCUUCACUCAGUUCCGAUGAAAUAAAAUCUUCCCUUCCACCGGGAACAAUUUGGGAGGCUGAUUACUCCCAUCUCAGCCUCUAAAUUACCUCGUGGGAGCUGGAGAGAUGGUAUUGUCGGCCAUCUUCCAUGGCACCCCUAGGGGAAGCCCCGGCAACUCUUAAAUUCUCUCAGAAUUACCAGAGAGCUAGUUGCAUUCGCUUUCAUAUCAUGGGUGCAGAGCUGCAGGUUUACUCAAACCGAACAGACUCAGGUUUUCAUCAGCUAUGCAUGAGGAGGACACAGGCUUAUAUUAACAUUUAUUUCAAUUUGCUGAAGAGUUUAUGAGCCACACAAUGGUCUCUAGCAUGUAGGAAGUCAAAGAGUUCUCUGUACACUUCUACUCCGUAUGGGACUUAGAUGACACUCGAACAUUACACUCCUCUAAAUGUUCCUAAGGUUUCACACAUUUCUCAGUCUGUUCACAAUGCUCCCUGACAGGAGUUUAAGGAUCCAGAAGCUCUCCUUCCUCCUGGGGGUCCCCGCUCCGGCCUUCCAGCUCCUUCUCCUCCUGCCACCAUAUCUCUGCAAAUCUCCCUCAAGCCUCACUCCAGCUGUAUUGUUCCUUUGGAUAAAGAGUUAACUUCACUGGCAUUUUUAAGUUUUUGCUGACCUGCUCCUGACACCCAGCCUGGCAGCGGCCAGUCCUGAGUAGCGCACAAGAUUAGGACCAGGGUUUUCUUUUUUGCUGGGCAUAAAGCAGGAACGCGGAGCUUUUGUGAGCCCGAGAGCCACAUUGCCUCCUGGGCAAUCCUUCGAGGGCCACAUGGCUUCUGAGCAGGGUCAGAGCAAAGUGGGUGGAAGAAAGAAGGCAAACUUCACCUGUGUGCAGUAGGCCAAUUUCUACAACACUCCUGGCAUGAACAGGGAAGCGAGGUGUAGUGGUUAGAGUGUUGGACUAGGACAGGGUUCUGCAACCCGCGGCUCCGGAGCCGCAUGUGGCUCUUUUACACCUUUGCCGCGGCUCCGGGGCGGAUACUAGCGAGGGGAGGAGGCGCAUUGUGCGCCCCGACACUCCCCACUGUGGCGGGCGCUGUACUGGCUGUGACGUCGCAUGGGGCGGUGCGUGCGUUAGUCACGCACCGUCCCGACGUCACCUUCCCGCCCACCCGCUACAUUGUAAGGGGCAUGUACGCUGGUCACUGCAUUGAAAGGGGGCAUGUACGCUGGUCACUGUUUUGAAGGGGAGUGAAGAACACACACACACAAAAAGGUAACUUGUUAAUUUAACGUUUAUUUCUAUGAGGAGGAGUAAUUCUGAGGGGUCAAACAAAGAAAUAAUAAAAAGUGACAAAAAAGUUAUUUUUAUAAUGACGAGUUUUGCGGCUCCCAGUUUUUUUUUCUUUGGAAACGGGUCCAAGUGGCUCUUUUUGUCUUAAAGGUUGCAGACUCCUGAACUAGGAUCUGGGAGACCAGAUCCUCAACUCAACCCUGAAGCUUGCUGGGUGACCCUGAGCCAGGCAUAGUCACUUGGUCUAACCUACCUCACUGGGUUGUUGUGAGGCUAAAAUGAAAGAGGAAGGAAAGCUACAGUAUGCAUGCCACUUUGAGCUCCAUGGAGAAAUAAUAAUAAUAAUAAUAAUAAUAAUAAUAAUAAUAAUAAUAAUAAUUUUUUAUUUAUACCACGCCCUCCCCAGCCCUGACUGGGCUCAGGGCGGCUAACACCAAAUAUAAAACAAUUGAUUGAAAUACAGCUUAAAAAACAAGAUUAAAAUACAACAUUAAAACAUUAAAAUGCAACCUCAUUUAGGGUAGGCUAUAAGUAUAAUAACGAAUCAAUAAAAUAUGUUGUAGGGAGUAGCAGAUUGCAGUGGAUUUAAACUCAUCAUUUGAAUGUGAUUAUUCUGAUUUUUUUAGCUUGGGAGUUGAACCACUUUUUAGACUUAUUUUUUUUUUAAUCGGUUCUGUUUUGCAUUUUAGGUACUGACGAAAAAACCCUGAUCGACAUCCUCACGGGAAGAUCGAAUGCUCAGCGGCAGCUGAUUGCGAAGGAGUACAGGGCAGCUGCAGGAAAGGUAUGGUUCGGAGAUGAUCUCUAGGCUGCAAAAGACUCCAUCAGGAAUAAGGGGGGGUGUUCUCUUGUGAUGAUGCCAUUAAAUAUGACCGCUCACUUGCUGGAUCAUCACCUUGUCGUGGUGAGUGGGCUUGCAAGUUCCUAUGACCCUUGUGAGCGAAGCCAUCGGGAAUCUCUUACUCCCAGCAGGGUGUCAGCAACUGGCUGGCCACUGUAAGGCAGGAUUCUGGGCUAGAUGCCUGGCCUGAUCCAGCACACCUCAUAUGUUCUUAUCAAACAUAAGAAGCAGGAGACCAGCCUUCAAAAUGCCCCACUCGGCCAUGAAGCUUGCUGCAGAUGGUGUCAUCUCAGACUAACAUUAGUUGUUCUUGCAAAGCUACCUUGAGAUCCAGCCUGUUUAUAGCAUCCUGAAUUUUUUAAGGACUGGGCAGAAACAGGGUGGUGAAGGAGAUGGCAAUAGGGGCCAGUUGAAAGUAGGGCUAAAGUGUUGUGCCUGGUAUGUAUGUAGGACACAUGGGUGGGGGACUAUGAAGCCAUAUGCUUCCUCAACCUCGGCCCUCCAGAUGUUUUGAGACUACAAUUCCCAUCCUCCCUGACCACUGGUCCUGCUAGCUAGGGAUCAUGGGAGUUGUAGGCCAAAAACAUCUGGAGGGCUGAGGUUGAGGAAGCUUGCCAUAUGCUAUCAGCAGUCAGGGUAUAUUAGGGAGGAUCCCUGGGAGGUUAGGAGUGUUAGAAUUCCUGUCCAUGAUUGCAGUCAUGGGAUUGUUGUCUUUCACAUGACGGUAUAUGUUUUGACUCCACAGAGUGGGAAGUUUGUUUGUGUUGCUGUGUUCCGUGAAGUGGGACUAUUGUCCUUUGUCUUUUUCCCUUUGCUGUCUGAUGCUAGAGAGAGGGAGCCAUGUUGCAGUGCUCCGUGUGUGUUUAUAUGUAAAUAAAGCAGAUUAGCCAAAAUGCUGAGUUGCUGAGGUCUGUCACGCAAACUGCGCAGACUCUGCGGAUCCCUAAGUGUGCCGGUGUCGGUUGGCAUCGGUCACUGUAAUGUUCAGGCUGAAGAAAGCUUUUGAAGCUCCCGAACGAAUGGCCAGGAGGGAGGGAACAUGCCAGUCGGGCAUGUGUCAUGCCAAGGUCCUACUCGAGUGUAGGCUGAGCUCCUGACAAGGAGGUCAGGUCUCUUCAGUCUGGGAUGAGGCAGAGAUCUAAUUUUCAAUUUGCAUGGCUGGACCACUUCAGGCUGUAGGUGACACAUGAUGGAUUCUCCUCUCUCUCUCUCUCUCUCUCUCUCUCUCUCUCUCUCUCUCCCUCCCUCCCUCCCCCCCUUUCUUCCAUGUAGACAACCUUCUCCUAGUUUUCCAGCUGCAAGGAUCUUUUGGAUGGAGGAGCAGUCAUUCCUAGCGCACCCUCCCAUGCGUGUUUAUUUUCUUGCUGCUCUCAUUAUUUUAAAUUGACAUAGCCACCCAUCAGUAAAUAUUUGCUGGGCACCUUGCAAACAAAGCAUAUUCCUAAAAACGCAGCAUGUAAACGCUAGCAUCAGCGAUGAAAGACAUCAAAACAAACAAGCCAUGCUUGCAACAGUGAUGGAACAAAACCAUGUGCAGCCCAGAUUUAAAACCACAAUUAAAACAAAUUUCGGCUGCUUAAUGUGCUGUGUGAAGUGGUCUUGCCCAGGCACGGUUUUUUGUCCUCACUGAGAAUGAGGCUACAAUUAAGAGAGAGAUUCGGUGGACGGUUUAUCUCUGUUGUAAAGGGCAGACCGUCCUUGGAGCCUGGAUAGGAUUUUUGACAGCGAGAAACAUUGACAGCUCUGUUUCUUUCUCUUUUUGGAAAGGAUAUGAAAGAUGCUUUGAAGGGAGAUCUCUCUGGCAAUUUGGAGCGUAUAAUGGUGGCUCUUGUAACGCCUCCGGCAGUGUUUGAUGCUAAACAACUGAAGAAAUCCAUGAAAGUAAGUCUAUGAAGGCAGCGCUGCGCCUUCUGUUAUUUACUCGUUUGGGAAAUUUCGCUUGCCAUAUUUUUUUUGCAUCCGCUGCUGUUUUGAGGAAAUUAAAAGAUGGCCAUAUUGCAUUGCAAGAAUGUGUUGCGUUCUCAAAGUAAAGGAAGGAUAUUUACUUGAGGCGUUCCCAAAGUAAAGGAAGGAUUGAACUCUGAUUAAUAAGAAUACACACAGAGACUUGAACCAGCAAGACUCUGGGAAGGGUGCGUAUAAUUGUAUCUCUCUGUGCCUAUCCCUGUGCUGCUCCUGGCCCAGGUAGUUUUUAUUCACAAAAGAACUUUUUACAGAGUGUUCGUAAGAACCAAUCAGAUUUCUUCUGAGCAUUUCCACAAACCCACAUGGGGAGAAAGUUAAACCACUAUAACUAAUUAAUCACAGGGUAAACAAAGAACAGAACUACAAAGAAGAGCAUUUGGUAACCCUGGAGGUAAUAAACAAGCAAUACAUAUGAUAAGAAGGAUGGCCAGUAGGACAGUGACCAUUAUCACCUUAAUGGGAGAUCUGUUUCCUGGCCCUAAGAUUAACAUCCUACAUCAAAGAAACUUGCCCACUAUCUUUAUGGCCCAGGAUGCAUGCCUGGCAAAGCAACUGGGCUGUGUACAUGACAAGAGAAAUGGGCAGCAGAGGCAAAAGGGCAUGAAGAGGGGAUGAAUGUAGAAUCUUAUGGGAUUUAAUCAGAAAUUAUCGUCAAUAUAUCAAACCCAGUCAACACAAUGCUUUCAUCGUGGACACGAUGGCUUGAUGUAUAUUUUAUAAUUCCUCAUGGUAAUCCCAUCUGAUCCCUACAGAAUGUCUCAUUUUAAAUGAAGUUGUCUUUGCACAUGGUUUGGGAUUCAGAAAAAGGCAUGUGGAGGUUGCAGCCACUUUCAAAGCUGGACCUCUGCUUGCCAUUUCCCUUGCAUCAAUUGUCACUUAACGGAGGAGACAAGCCGCUCCAUAAAACUGAGCAGCAGCUAGCCUCUUCAGCAGAGGAAGAGCAAGCGCAGCUCCACCUCUCCAUACAGUUUCCUCUGGUGUAUGCAUGCCUCUUCUCUGGAUUUUGGCCCCAGAGGACACACAGAUGUUCUGGUUCAGGCAUGACAUUCCGUCCCAACAAGGACCAUCACAUUUGUGUCAAUGAACUGGGACGCUAUGUGCUGUAAAUAUCUUUUUCAGUGCCACCAACCCUUUCAGAGGGCAGCUCAGUUCUAAAAUCCAUACUUUGGACCAGCAGUUAAUGGAUUGAUCAAUUCAUUGGUCGAUGCUUUCGGCACCCAUUUAAACUGUUAGCUCACACCAUUGACUGUUCGCCAGUGGUGUUAACCAAUCCCGAUAGGUGCAGUCAAGGGAAUGAUAAGCCCCCUGUGGCUUUGGUGAAAAAGUUAAGCACUCACUUAAAGCCCUUGUGUUGAUGUCAGUUAGGAGCUUAGAUGUUCUUGGCUGAAUUGUCUUCAGUCCAUCUCCCUUCUGCUGCCAUGAAUCUUCGGGAUGUUACCGCCUCUGUUGACAUUUUGUCUUUUGGCUCUUCAGAAGCUUGCUAAAUGCUAGAUCCCCAAGGAGGCCCUACAAUGGAAGCCUACAGUGGAAAGUGCCUAAAUCAUAGCAUCUUAGUUGGAAGGGACCCCAAGAGUCAUCUAGUCCAGCCCCCCGCAAUGCAGGAAUCUCAGCUAAAGCAUCCAUGACAGAUGGCCUUCCAACCUCUGCUUAAAAACCUUCAAGGAAGGAUAGUCCACCAUCUCCCGAGGGAGACAAUUCCAUUGAUGAACAGCUCUUACUGUCAGAAAGUCUUUCCGAAUGUUGAGUCGGAAUCUUUUUUCUCGUAGCUUGAAGCCAUUGGUUCGAUUCCUACCCUCGAGGAGCAGGAGAAAACAAGCUUGCUCCAUCUGAAAGCCCUUGAGAUAUUUGAAGAUGGCCAUUCGGUCUCCUCUUUUCCAGGCUAAACAAAUCCUCUUACUCUUCUUUUUGCUUCUAGGGUACUGGAACGGACGAGCAGGCUCUGAUCGAGAUCCUGGCCUCAAGGACUAGCAAGCAAAUGAAAGAAGUAGCUCAGGCAUAUUACACAGGUAACGAUGACUUGGAGUGAAGGGAUUCUGGUCAGGCAGGUGCUGUAAUUGCUACUUUUCCAGCAGACAAUACUAGCUGGAGAUCGGUCAAAGAGGUUUCUUCAGUCAUUGCAAGAGGCUGGGUGGGGAGAAAACCUUUUCUUGCUGGAUAGCUGAGGAGUGGUUGGCUUGGAGAGGAUGAAGCAGGCGAAAGCUAGUCUGUUGCAGUGGAAUGCCGUCCCCUUCAGCCAGUGUGGUGUAGUGGUUAAGAACGGUAGACUCGUAAUCUGGGGAACCGGGUUUGCGUCUCCGCUCCUCCACAUGCAGCUGCUGGGUGACCUUGGGAUAGUCACAAUUCUCUGAAGUCUCUCAGCCCCACUCAUCUCACAGAGUGUUUGUUGUGGGGGAGGAAAGGAAAGGAGAAUGUUAGCUGCUUUGAGACUCCUUCGGGUAGCGAUAAAGCGGGAUAUCAAAUCCAAACUCCUCCUCCUCCUCCUCCUCCUCCUCCUCCUCCUCCUCCUCCUCCUCCUCUUCUUCUUCUUCUGCCACCAAGUUUUUGAGCAUCUUCUUUCCCUGCAGAGGCUUCCUGGAGGCUGACUUACUUGGUGCUCUGAUGAGUCAAUAAUGUUAUAAAUCUCAGGAGUAAAUCUGGCAAAGUUAUCCUGAGGUAUCUGAGCAAUCUCUUAAACAGCCUGGAGUAAUGUGUCAGGCCCUUAUAAAUCUUAGCUGCUUUGCCCUUUGAAAAUAUAUAUCGCAAGAUUCAUUAAACCCGGCUCCAUGGUGUCAGUUAGCCACAUUAACAAUGGGGGCCAAACUCCUCUCCAGUCCUCUAGUACUUACGUAGUUGGGGCCCUUCCAGAAAUCCUUUUGAAUGUGUGUCCAGGAUGGUUUUUUGUGCUUUUUGAUGCUGUCAAGGGCGUUCAGGUGUGAUCACACUUUCAAAACCCUUUGUGCAAAGUUUUGGGGCAGUCAGAUCCCUUUUCUUGAUAGUGUUUGUAUCCUCGCCUGGCUUGAUUCUCUUAAGUUCAACUACGUAUACAGAUUCUGUGGGGUCUUCUCCAGCAACCUGUUCUGAAUAUUCAUUUAUUCAUGUAUUCAUUUAUAAAGGAAGAAAAGAAAAUGUGAAGAAAGGGAAACAGAGAGAAAAGAAGAAAGGCCAAAAGGGCAAUGUAACACAUUAAGUAAAGUCAAAUUUAAAUGCUAUAGGUUAUUAUAUAGAUAUAAGUGACAUUAUUAUCCUAGUCUAAAUAUGGUUACCAAUAACCCACCACGCUGUGUAUUAAAGCUUUCCGGAUAUCAAUAUAUUUGUCCAAACAAAGUCUGUGUCUAUAGUCAACCGGUUCGUACCUGUAAUUGUCAUGAAACCAAUGGAACAAGCGAGUAGCUAUUAAACCAGCCUUUCUCAACCUGUGGGUCCCCAGAUGUUGUUGAACUACAACUCCCAUCACCCCUAGCUAGCAAGGCCAGAGCUCAGGGAUGAUGGGAGUUGUAGUCCAACAACAUCUGGGGACCCACAGGUUGAGAACCACUGUAUUAAACCCUCAUCCCCUUUACUCAGUUUUGGCUGACAUCAGCUGGCCACUUUUCUGCUUGCUGGGAUGCUUGGCAGGUCUUCCUCCUUGCAACCCAUUGCCAGAUUGCUUCGGUCCUUAGAGGUCCUUUCCUGGAAAGGAUCCUCUUCUGCUGCGUUUCAGAAAGAUGAAUUGCUGAGCUGUAGAGAAGCUGAGCAUGAUGGAUUGGACAGUUUAAUGCAGCCAGCCCAGCGGAGUCUAUACUUGGAGCCGGUACAGCUCUGGGGGUAGCAGCGAGGCCCAUGGCUUUGAUUAAUAUCUGGAAGAUUUAUGGCUGUUUUCCUGGUGAAGUGGGUAAAGCUUUUCACUAGGAGUGCAUUUAGCUUCAUGCUCGAGCACGGCGUAUUCUAAUAGGGAGCCCUGCAAGCUGAGCCAGGCAAAUAACACAAGUUUGGAGAGCACGUUUAUUGAGCCGUGAUGGACUUCUUGGAGGCCCGCUGGCAUUGCAAGCGAACGAUUGUGGUUAAUUGCUUGGCAAUGUCCUCUAAAAGCAGGCGGGGGGAAUCUCCGGCCCUCCAGCCCUUUCCAUUUGGCCCUCAGAAUUCUGUCCAGCUGUCCAGCUACUUUCUUGGGCUCCAUGAUCACUGCAGAUGGUGACAGCAGCCACGAAAUUAAAAGACGCCUGCUUCUUGGGAGAAAAGCUAUGACAAACCUAGACAGCAUCUUAAAAAGCAGAGACAUCACCUUGCCAACAAAGGUCCGUAUAGUAAAAGCUAUGGUUUUCCCAGUAGUGAUGUAUGGAAGUGAGAGCUGGACCAUAAAGAAGGCUGAUCGCCGAAGAAUUGAUGCUUUUGAAUUAUGGUGCUGGAGGAGACUCUUGAGAGUCCCAUGGACAGCAAGAAGAUCAAACCGAUCCAUUCUUAAGGGAAUCAGCCCUGAGUGCUCACUGGAAGGACAGAUCAUGAAGCUGAGGCUCCAAUACUUUGGCCACCUCAUGAAAAGAGAAGACUCCCUUGAAAAGACCCUGAUGUUGGGAAAGAUGGAGGGCACAAGGAGAAGGGGACGACAGAGGACGAGAUGGUUGGACAGUGUUCUCGAAGCUACAAACAUGAGUUUGACCAAACUGCCGGAGGCAGUGGAAGACAGAAAUGCCUGGCGUGCUCUGGUCCAUGGGGUCACGAAGAGUUGGACAUGACAAAACGACUAAACAACACAGCAACAGGAAGUGUAUCUCUUGAAUUGAGGCAGUGUUUCGCAAGCUUGGGUCCCCAGCUGCUGAACUAUAACUCCCAUCAUCCCUGACCACUGGUCCUUCUAGCUAGGGAUGAUGGGAGUUAUAGUCCAACAACAGCUGGGGGACCCGGACUUCCGGGGUGGCGCCACCGGCAAUGGCGGACUCCCUCUGAACUGGAGGGACUAGCUCCGUGGGAAACGGGUCUUCUCCGCUACGGCGAAGCGGGGACCCUCUUAAAAAUCACAGGCGGAUGAAGCCUGUGACCAUGGGACUCGGCGGGCACCUUUAGCGCCCCCCCAACCCGCUAAGGAACCCACUAACGGGCUCCGAAGUGAAGAGGGGGAAGUGGCGCGGUGCUGUGAGUCAACUGCUAUUUCCGUGGAGCGAAGCCGCAUAGCCGUUGCCGGAGAGCGCUGCCUUUUUCCUGGGACAAUUUGGACUUUAAAAUAAGCACCCGUGAGUACUUAGACUUUGAAUAAUUGGACAUCAAAUAAGGACUAGCGAGCAGGAAAGAAUUGGAUUUUAAAAAUUCUACUCUAAUUUGGUACGGAACGGGAAGGUCUAAACAGGAAGUCAGCCUUCCGUUCUUUUGUAAACAGAAUAAAGCAAAGACAAUUUAAACUAGAGCUCAGAAAAUCGUUUUUAAAAGAUUGGAUUUCACCAUUUAAAAUUGUGGAACCCCUUUGACAGCAGGAGAAGGGGGGGAUCUUUUUGGAUUGUUUAAAGUGACUUUAAAGUAAAGUAACUUUCCUCCGUCCUGAUCCUGGAGCGGGGUGUCAGGACUGACGUUUGAAGUUCAUUGACCAAAGACAAGUGUUUUUGACAGAUAGCUAAAAGAAGAGAAACAUAGUGACUCCACUGUUCCCUUUCGCAUUUUAAAGGAAUAUAUAUGGACAAAGUAUCUUAAAAAAGGAAACUUUGUUGCAAGAACAAAUAGAAGUCUUCCCCCUAGGGGGAGUCUGUGAAACUGUAACUAACUCCAGGGAGCCGGCAGCUGUCACAGAUUACAACCGUGGGAACAGGCACCUGACCUUGCAGGACAAUGUAUUCAGAAGCUUUGUUGUGCGCUCUCUAUAAAACAAAUGCCCUACUGGAACAAUUACACGAGAAGGUGAAUUGGAUGGCGACUUCGACUAGAAAUUUUGAACAGGCAGUGGGAAACUUUGAACAGACAGUGGGAAAAUAUGUGGAGCCCACUCAGGAAUUAAAUCAGGAGUGUGUCUUGACAGAACAGGCCCAACAGGAAUAUGAUUUUUCGGAUUUGACAAAUGAACUUGGAAAAAGCCAGAUUUGGAAAGGAAAAGUUUGGCUUGGUUUGGAAAUGGGGGGCUGGAUUGACCCCCCCUAUGCUGGGAUGUUUGGACUUUUCAAAUAAGGCAAUGGGCCGUGAGAUGUUUGGGACUGUGGGGGCUCUUAAUUUUGGAGGGUCUUUGAAACAUGCUUUUAAAUACUACAUGGAAUUCAGUGUUGAACAUGGAAAAGGGGCUGAUCCGUCGAGAAGGGUUAAAAACAUUGUCAAGCUGGAGUUACCACGAGCAGGAGACAAGGGAAAAUACAGUUACAAAUAUGAAGAAGAGCCGCGGAAGGGACAUGGAAGAGACUUGAGGGCCUCGGAUAUAAGGUUGCCAGGUUAAUGGGCCAGAUCGACGGGAAUAAGGACUGACAAAACCCGGAACCAGGAGGAAGGGACGUUGGAUGAAGAUUGGAUUUGUUUGUAUCUCUUUUCUUUACCAUUAGAACUGUUUUAUAAAAUUGAUGAAUGUUAGAAAAAUGUUGGAAUGAAAUUACUUGGCUUUAGCAAAGAUGUUUAAAGAAUUAUGAAAGAAUGUUAUGGUUAUGAGAAGUUGGUAAGGAUAAGAUUUAAGUUUUAAGCUUUAAGGUUUAUUUUAUUAUAGAAAGAUAAGAUCAAAACAGAUUAGGGUAAUGCAAUGACAGAAUAUUAUGAAAUAUGGAAAGGAUUUGCUGGGAUAAUUAAUAACUAGGAUACAAAGAAAGGGAGGAGGAGGAGGUCUAAGAAAGAAGGCAAUGACAGUUAAGGAUCUGAAAAUAAGGAAUUUGUUUUUAAAUGUUUUUAAAGGUUUGUGAUGUAUUUUUGUAUUUUCCUUUUUUUUCUGUCACUUUUUCUUAUUUUGAAUUUUUUACUCAUAUGGUGGGAAGGGGUUUGUUUUUUUUACUUUUCUGCUUUGUCAACUAUUUUUAUUUUGUACUUUCUUCUGUUUUUAUUUUUUUUAUUAUUUUUUGUAACAUUUUAAAAUUUUCAAUAAAUAUCUUUUUUAAAAAAAAAAAACAGCUGGGAACCCAAGCUUGAGAAACGUCGAUUAAGGAGGAAUGUGUGUGUUGGGGUAUGAGCAGGCAAGUUUCAGAAGAGGCGGUUCACUACUUGACCACCGCCUUGAGUUAAGCCAGCCAGCUGAGAAAUACAAAUUUAUGUUUAUUCAUUUACUGUAUCCCUACCUCACCUUUUUUUGUCCAAGGAGCGCAAGCACAAAGUUUUCCUCGCUCCUCAGUGAAUCCCACAACAACCCUGUGAGGAAGGUUAGGCUGAGAGACAGCAGCUUGCCCAAGAUCACCCAGUGAGCUUAAGGCCAAGUCAGAAUUGAACCCUGCUUUCCCAGUUCCUAGUAUUAUACUCUAAACGAGGCAUGUCCAAAGUCCAUUUUGGGGGCCUAAUUGUGGAUAUUUCACCCCUCCCAUUGCAAGAAUCUCCUGACAAUGUUUUCAGAAAGGAGGGGGCGGAAUCUGCUCGUCGCUUCUUCUGCUCCAACCUGACCCUGUGGGAGUCUGAGUGUUAUCUAUGUAGAGAUAAGAUGACUGCUUAAGCAACUGUAACACUCAUCCAGUCCAGUAGCCUCCGAUAGUCAUUAGUCUUUAGUUACUAGUUUAUUUUAGUUUGCAGUAGCUGUAAAAGAAUAAAGAAGUUAUGCUUCAAAGCCGUCGUUUGUGUAGUUCAUACUCUGCUGUGCUCCGCUGACUUUGGCACUGAGUUUGGUCUCACAGCUCAAAGCCAUUGCACUUAGACCUGCUUCCCCGCAGUGGAAGGUCUCUGGAAGUGUUUUCCCAGCUGCUUGGCCCAGUCGGGGCUGAAGAGGUUAAGCCCAGUUGUUGGCACCAGCUCAAAGGCGAAGCUGACACUAAUCUGGCUCGCCGGUCAGUUUAAUCCGGCCCCUGUGGCAGUUUAUUUCCUGGUUGGUUGGCCCUUUGGUGGGCCCUCACGGCCCUUCACUUCAUCAAAUCUGGCCCUCUUUGGAAAAGUUUGGACACCACUGCUCUAAACACUACACUGAACUGGGUGUUAAAUCCUUUUGAUGCCGGACUCUAUGCUCCCUUAUGGCUUUGAAGUUGUCCCAUAAUCUGCCCCUUAGGACUGACUCUAAGGCAAAGCCAUACCUUUCUUCCAUUGACAAAAGGGUUGACUUAACAUCUGCCUUUAUCAGAAUAUUAUCUAACUGGGAUGACAGCAGGGUGAUUUAAGCAGGUCCAUUCCGGCCACUAAAGGUCGUUGCCGGUUCUCCAGAGGUUCAGGGUGCGUGGGGUAGCCUGGGAGAGGCCAUUCUCUGUGGCAGCCCUUAAAUUGUGGAAUUUCCUCCCACAUCUGACACAUCUGGCAUCUUCAUUAUCCAGCUCCCAGGAUACCUUGCAGCUUCUUCAGAAGGACACACAUUAGCCUGUGGUCCGGAGCUUCCAAGAAUAAAGUUCGGCCAUUAAGGACUUUCUAGAAAUUUCCUCCAUGCUCCAAGGCCAUUGUCAGGCAAAAGGCAUCUUUCAGAUUUAGGAUAUUGAGGCACAGCAGCUGUCUAGCCCUUCCUUAAACUGUUAGGAGAAACUUGGUUGGAACCAGUUUGAUUUCGUGUGAGAUGGCAAGCAUUUUUUAAAAAAAUAAUACUUUAAAUUAUGGAAAACAAGGCUUUAGUUGUGUGGGGCAGCCUCUCUUUGCCUGUGGGCCAAAAUUAGAGCUGUGGAAUCAAGAGGACUCAGAUCGGCACUCCUGUGGCCUUUGUGAGGCUAAAGAUGGGGUCUAUAGCCUGGGAAUUGUCGUACGCAUGGCAUUCCUUACUGCUCCUGGUCCCUGAAAUUUUGCUUAUGGGCUUUUUCUUUCCAGUUUAUAAGAAGAGCCUUGGGGAUGACAUCAGCUCCGACACAUCUGGCGACUUCCGACAAGCCCUGUUAACUCUGGCUGAUGUAAGAGAGCCUCCAGAAAUUCUCUUGUUAUCUGUGCCUUGCCCGUUUACGGCCAGGUUGGGAUUCCAAGAUUCCCAAAUCCGUUAGCUUAUUUGUGGUAUUUCUUUCUUUUUGGGAUUCUGCACCUCUCUUUCAACAGGCCCUAUGGCAAACGUUGGGUCCAAAUCCUGUUGAUCUCCUCCUGCACUGAGUUCCGAUAAUGAUGGCACGUUCAGAAGAAGGCUGUGCAUGAGAUAAAUGUUGAACUCCACAGCUGCAUUGGUUUAUAUACCGUAUUUUUUGCUCUAUAAGACUCACUUUUUCCCUCCUAAAAAGUAAGGGUAAAUGUGUGUGCGUCUUAUGGAGCGAAUGCAGGCUGCGCAGCUAUCACAGAAGCCAGAACAGCAAGAGGAAUUGCUGCUUUCACUGCGCAGCGAUCCCUCUUGCUGUUCUGGCUUCUGAGAUUCAGAAUAUUUUUUUUCUUGUUUUCCUCCUCCAAAAACUAGGUGCGUCUUGUGGUCUGGUGCGUCUUAUAGAGCGAAAAAUACAGUAACUGGUCACUCUGGCUCUUAUAAAUACACAGUUCAGAGCGUAGGAAACUGCCUUGAGUCAAACCAUUGGUCCACCUUAUACUGAAUGGCAGGACUUAUUCAGCAUUUGGCAAGACUCUUUCCCAGUUCCAACUGGAAAUGACAGGAAUGGAACCCAGAGCCUUCUGCCAGCACUGGAUUUAGGGUAGUGCGGGUGGUUCCCUCACAUGGCGUACCGAGCCAAAGGGGCACAAAAUAAUGAUGAUUAUGAAACCUAUAUUUAAAUGGGUACCAUAUAAAGAUCCAUAAAAAGCAACUGUACCCAAAUAAAUUGUGAAAAGAAGAAAUAUUUAGCGGUGGGCACCAAAUUUCAUGCCCAGGGCGCCAUAUUACCAAAUUCCACCCCUCCUUCUGCAUUCAAAGCAGAUGUUCCACCAUAGCCCUUUGCUUCAGCUGACCCUUCUCCUGCCCCCCAAAUCUGUUGCCUGGGGUGGGGGCAUCACCCAUGGGAGACUGGUGCCUGGUAAUGCCUGGUCAACCUAUAUAGGUAAAGGUAAAGGGAUCCCUGACCAUUAGGUCCAGUCAUGGCCGACUCUGGGGUUGCGGCACUCAUCUCGCUUUAUUGGCCGAGGGAGCCGGCAUACAGCUUCCGGGUCAUGUGGCCAGCAUGACUAAGCCGCUUCUGGCGAACCAGAGCAGUGCACGGAAACGCCGUUUACCUUCCUGCCGGAGCGGUCCCUAUUUAUCUACUUGCACUAUGACGUGCUUUCGAACUGCUAGGUUGGCAGGAGCAGGGACCGAGCAACGGGAGUUCACCGCGUCGUGGGGAUUCGAACCGCCGACCUUCUGAUCAGCAAGUCCUAGGCUCUGUGGUUUAACCCACAGCGCCACUUGCACGUAAAUCCAUUGCUACAGGAGUACCCUAAGCCAUCCUGCAAAGGAUACCUUGUCAUGUCUGUUCUCGAUCUCCCGUUUGCUUGUGACAUAGGACUGGCGCCAAAUGCUGUUUAAUGUGACGGGUGCUCUUAUUUUACUUUGCUUUUUAAAACCUCUCUCAAUGUGUUCACAGGGCCGAAGAGAUGAGCAUCAAAGACCGGAUGAGCAGCUAGCAAAGAAGGACGCUCAGGUAACAGCAAUUCAGAAAGGUGUCGGCUGCAGGUUUGGCCAAUCAGGAAGUUUCCAAGCUGUUUAAAAACGUUUCUUAGCGUUUCUGAGCCGGCGAGCCGCCUGAGAAACAGUUUCUAUCCCAAUGUGAUUUUGGUUUUAACGCAGUGUAAGGUAGUCUCUAUGGGAGUAUAUUGUAUUUAAUUAUGGGGUAUCAGAGUUUUUAGGGGGCUAACCAGGCUGGGAUAUCUGGGAUAGCAGGCUUGUUGGUUUUUGAAAGUCUGAUGUAGAUUUUUUCAAUUUCGUUGUUCUGUAUCGGACAAUGACAAUAAAGAUUAUCAUAUCAUAUUGUAUCGUAAGCUGUGCAGGGGUGGGAUUGCUCCAUCCUUCUGAAGAAGCAUUUUGGGGGGGACAGCGGGAUGUCUGCAUCUCCAAAAGGACAUUGGAGAGUUGGAAGGAAGUGCAUAAUAAUAAUAGUAAUAAUAAUUUUUUAAAAAUUAUUUAUAUUCCGCUCUCCCCAGCCGAAGUGGGGCUCAGAGCGGCUGACAACAGUAAAAAUAACACAGUUUACAUAAAAUCACAAUCAAUUAAUUGAAAUACAUUCUAAAAUCAAUUAAUUCUAAAAUCAAUUCAGAGUCAAUUUAAUGACAACCAUUUGGCUAGAGUUCUCUGAGGAUUACAGAAGGAGAGAGGGGGGGUCAGACUGUGCCUUGGCCAACAGGCUGGUGGAAGAGAGCAACACAGAGGCUUUUGGCUUGAGGACGCUUCUGCGUUUGAGACCUCUUUUCUUUAGGGAGGAAAUACAUUGGUAAGGUGUACAGACAUAAGCCAGAGUGUGGGCAAACCUUAGCUGCAGAUCGUGGUUAUGGAGGAGAGAUCUUAACUGUGAUCUCAGGUUCAGACAACACACUAAACCAAGGUUUGUCUUGUGCUUACUUUAAAAGCCCGGGGUGAUGCAAAUCAGGUGCGAUACCAGCACAUCCGUGUGUUCGUGCAAACACAGCCUCUUGUCUGCAGUCCUACCCAUGCUUGCCAGGGAGUAAGCUCCAUUUGAAAAGGAGGGCAAAUACUUCUAAGCGGACGUAAACAGGGCGAUACGAUAGGGGUGUAUGAAAAUCUUAAUGUAAGUUUUCAGAAUUAUGCAGUGUGAAGAAAACAGCUAGGGUUUCUCCCUCCUCAUAAUGUAAGAACUUGUCAGCCAGGGAAAAGGAUUGGCAGGAGAUUUCAGGACAGGCAGAAAGUACUUCUUCACAUAAGUAAUGAUGAACCCCAGACAGAGGGUGGCCAGAGGCAAAAAGUAAGAGGGCAUCUGCACCUUAAUUGAUUUUUAUUAAAUUUUAUUUAGUUUUUUCAGAUUUUGAAAUUUACAAACAAUUAUCAGACAACCAACAUGGAAAGAGAAUUCCAAAGAAUCUCCUGGAUUUACCUCCUUCCCUUUGUGGGUCCUUAUAUUAACCUUUUCCUCCUGCAUCUUGUCUAUUAAUCCAAAACUAUUAAAUCUCCAUUAUCUUCAACUUUAAACUAUAAUAAUAAUAAUAAUAAUAAUAAUAAUAAUAAUAAUAAUUUAUUUAUACCCUGCCCUUCCUGGUUCAGAAAACCGGGCUCAGGGCAGCUAACAACAAAUUUAAAACACUUAAUUGAUGCAACAAAAAACAACUUAAAAUACCGUAUAAAAUGUGAAUAACAAUAAAUUCAGAAUUCAAAAAUCAAUUUAGGGGGGAAAUCCAUCCAAUAAACAUUAGAUGAUCACCAGGGCUAGCUGGCUAAAUUAGUCCUAUUUGGGCCAGCGAGGAGACCAGGGGAGAAACUAUAAGUGUUAUUCCAAUUCGACUAAUAAUUUUAAUGGUUUACAUUGGUUUUUAAGGUAAAUUAUAUAUUUUCCCCAUUUCUUAUUUUUUAAAAAAUGUCUUCCUGGUUUCUGAGGGCUUCUGCACCUUUAAUAGCUGCAGAAGGGGCUGAAAUUCCCUCAGCAACUAAAGCUGCAUGAGCCCCAGCCUUCCUCCUUUGCUAACCUAACUCGGAAGUGUUUAGAAUGCAACAGAGACCAGGCAAAGAAUACAGGCAAGUUUUAAUCUGUAGUCUUCUUCUUCUUCUUUUUCUUCUUUUAGAUCCUGUACAACGCAGGCGAGAAGAGGUGGGGGACCGACGAGGGCAAAUUCAUUGAGGUUCUGUGCUUUAGCAGUUUCCCUCAGCUGAAACUAAGUAAGAAACCAUUCUGGGGGUCCUCUCUUUUUUUGUGCUGCUCAGCAAAGGGAGACAGAAAGGGCAGGUCUUGCGAAUUUUUCUUCCGCCUGGAGAUGCCCCUUAACAGCGCUGGCGUUCUUAUCUCUUGUCAUUCCUAAGCCUUUGAAGAAUACAGAAAUAUCAGUGGGAAGAAAUUGGAAGACAGCAUCCAGAGCGAAACCUCAGGAAGUUUUGAAGACCUGCUACUGGCCAUAGGUAAGGAGGACUUGAGGAAAUUGGGUCUGUGUGAGAUAUAACUACAGUCAUACCUCGGGUUACAGACGCUUCGGGUUGCGUGAUUUCGGGUUGCGCACCAUGCCAAACCCGGAAGUACCGGAAUGGUUACUUGCGCAUGCACAGAAGUGCUACAUCGCCGUCCCCUUCUCCUUGUGCCCUCCAUCUUUCCCAACAUCAGGGUCUUUUCCAGGGAGUCUUUUCUUCUCAUGAGGUGGCCAAAUAUUGGAGCCUCAGCUUCAGGAUCUGUCCUUCCAGUGAUCACUCAGGUUGGAUUUCCUUCAGAAUGGAUAGGUUUGAUCUUCUUGCAGUCCAUGGGACUCUCAAGAGUCUCCUCCAGCACCAUAAUUCAAAAGCACCAAUUCUUUGGCGAUCAGCCUUCUUUAUGGUCCAGCUCUCACUUCCAUACACCACUGUGUGCAAAUGCAGUUAACAUAAUUACCCACAAGGGGGCAGCAGUAAGAAAAAAUACCGACAAAGGCAUUGUAAACAAGCACGGAACAGAAUGCAUUAACAUGCAUCUGCUCUGAAUGAGGUUUGGAUGUUUUGCAAGCGCUGUGGAUGCCCACCAAUUUCACUUUUCUGCACAACCUUGGCACUCCUCCAGAGCUCUUCCAGCAGAGAAAAUGCAGUAAUGGAGUCAACUGCUAACCCUCUUCUUUCUUUCUUUUUAUAGUCAAAUGUGCAAACAACACUCCAGCGUUCUUUGCUGAAAGGCUGCACAAGUCUUUGAAGGUAAGAACACAAGACGCCGCCUUCUUAAAUCAGUCAUUCAACCUUUAACAAAGGAAACAGGAAUAUUUGGGUCGAAACAUACAAUUGGCAUCUGUUCACAGAAAGAGAUGCUUUGAGAUGAAACUAUAAGGUUAAAAAGUACCACUCAGGUCUUAUGACAACGUUGUUUCAGGGCUGGAUUGAGGUUUGAUGAGGCCCUAAGCUACUGAAGGUAAUGGGGCCCUUUAUGUGUCCAGCUGUCCUUUGUCAACAACAAAUUGUCACUGUUUUUUGUGUAGAAUAUUAUAUGGUAAUUUAUGGACAUACAGUCAUAUCUUGGGAUAAAUACGCUUCAGGUUAAGUGCUUUCGGGUUGUGCUCUGCGGCAACCCGGAAGUAACGGAGUGCGUUACUUCCAGGUUUCGCCGCUCGCGCAUGCGCAGACGGUCAAAAUGAUGUCACACGCAUGUGUGGAAGCGGCGAAACACGACACGCGCAGACGCGCUGUCGCAUCUUACGUUAUGUUCAGGAUGCGAACGGGGCUCCAGAACGGAUCCCGUUCGCAUCCCAAGGUACCACUGUAAUAGGUAUCUAAAGCCAUUUGCACAUAACAGAAUGUGUAUUUUAACAAAGUAAUUGUUGAAGUGAAAUACAAUUAAGAAGAAGUAUAUUAAUAGUGAAAUUUUUGGGGAGGGGCCAAGUAGUGUUAUAGCUUGUUUAGCUUAUACAUAAAUCCAGCGCUGCGUAGUUUCAUGGCGUUGCUCCCAUAUUCUGCUCCUUUCUCCAUACUGCCAGGCCCGCAGCUACAGUGGUGCCUCGCAAGACAAAAUUAAUCCGUUCCGCGAGUCUCUUCGUCUAGCGGUUUUUUCGUCUUGUGAAGCAAUCCUAUUAGCGGCUUAGCGGAUUAGCGCUAUUAGCGGCUUAGCGGCUUAGCAGCUAUUAAAGGCUUAGCGGCUAAAAGGCUAUUAGCAGCUUAGCGGCUUAGAAAAAGGGGGGGGGAGCGGAAAAAAAUCGCAACACUCGCAAGACGUUUUCAUCUUGCGAAGCAAGCCCAUAGGGAAAUUUGUCUUGCGAAGCAGCUCAAAAACGGAAAACCCUUUCGUCUAGCGGGUUUUCCGUCUUGCGAGGCAUUCGUCUUGCGGGGCACCACUGUAUUCAAUAAAAAGAGAAACCCUGUAGGAAUCAGAACAAUUUAGCCUCUCCUUCAGAAUGAGGCUCAAACGUUUGUCGUUGAUUACUUCAUAAAAUGGGAUGCGGGUGGCGCUGUGGGUUAAACCACAGAGCCUAGGACUUGCCGAUCAGAAGGUCAGCGGUUUGAAUCCUGGCGACGGGGUGAGCUCCUGUUGCUUGGUCCCUGCUCCUGCCAACCUAGCAGAUCGAAAGCAUGUCAAAGUGCAAGUAAAUAAAUAGGUACCGCUCUGGCGGGAAGGUAAACGGCGUUUCCGUGCUUCUCUAGUUUCUCCAGAAGCGGCUAAGUCAUGCUGGCCACAUGACCCGGAAGCUGUACGCCGGCUCCCUCAGCCAAUAAAGCGAGAUGAGCGCCACAACCCCAGAGUCGGACACAACUGGACCUAAUGGUCAGGGGUCACUUUACCUUUUACUUCAUAAAAUGGACAGUAAAACAAGACAUGUGCAAUGGUCUCGGCCUGUCCUACACCGCAAGGACAAUACCUCUCUGAAUUUGGAACCCUGGAGAACAUUUCCUGCAAGAUUGGAGGCAGCGUAGCACUGAAUCUUUCAAGGGAAAAAGCUCUGUGCUGGUGAGGAUUGUAUAGGUGGUGUCGCUAUGGAGCAGCCUUGCCAAACAAAGGUGGGGGGAGGAGCCUGUAUAGGGCUCUCCGUUGGACUCCAAUUCCCAUCAGCCCCAGCCAGCAUGAAGGGAUAUGAAGUCCAACAAUAUCUGGAGGAUGGCAGGGCAUCCCUGAAUUAGGGGGAUGUUUUCUGCCAUUUUUUGCAAAACAUGUAAAUAGUGUGCUUUUCAAAGUACAGGGUCUGCAGCUCUGAAACACAAAUGAAACAAUUUUUUAAAAUGGGAAAGGGAGUUACUGGGUUCUUUUUGUUUUUUUAUUAUGUGUUUUUGUGUUUUUAUAUUGUGUUGAAAUUACUCUGAUACCUGGGGGUAUUGGGCGGUAUACAAAAUUUAUAAAUAAUCAUGAUGAUGAUGAUGGUGAUGAUGAUGAUCCCUUUCCUUGUUGAUAGGGGGCUGGGACAGAUGAAUUCACGCUGAACAGAAUUCUGGCAUCCAGGUCAGAGAUUGACCUCUUGGAUAUACGAGCUGAAUAUAAGAAACUGUAUGGCGUCUCCUUGUAUUCUGCUAUUAAAGUGAGUACCUCAAUCGCUUCAGCUACAUUCCAGAACUCUUUUUCUCUCUCUGUGUGAAUCCACUUCUUUGGUCCUGGGCAUGAAAGACACUGUUGGAAAGCAGAGAGAGAUGGAAGGUGAUGGAAGUUAAGGAAUUUCUGUCCUCUGUUACUUGGGGCAGAUCCCUAAACGUCACCUGGGCUCUCUUAAUUCUACACAGAUGGGUUCUAUGACACAGUAGACCAAUCCUCUCUCAGCCCUGAUAGCAUGUGUAAACCUAAGGUAAUAAUAAUAAUAAUAAUAAUGAUAAUAAAUUUUAUUUAUAUCCCGCCCUCCCCAGCCGAAGCCGGGCUCAGGGCGGCUAACAGCAAUCAAAUAAUCCAACAUUCUAAAAACAUUUCAUUAUAAAAAUUAAUUAAAAUCAAAUUGAUGGCAACCGUUAAGCAAAAUUCUGUGCAGAUUGCCAGAGGAGGGAGUCAGGCUGCGCCCUGACCAAAGGCCUGGUGGAACAGCUCUGUCUUGCAGGCCCUGCGGAAAGAUGUCAGGUAAAGGUAAAGGAGCCCUGGAUGGUUAAGUCCAGUCAAAGGCGAAUAUGGGGUUGCGGCACUCAUCUCGCUUUCAGGCCGAGGGAGCCAGCGUUUGUCCAGAGACAGCUUUCUGGGUCAUGUGGCCAGCAUGACUAAACCGCUUCUGGCGCAAUGGAACACCGUGAUGGAAACCAGACCGCAUGGAAAUGCCGUUUCCCUUCCCGCUGCAGUGGUACCUAUUUAUCUACUUGCACUGGUGUGCUUUUGAACUGCUAGGUUGGCAGGAGCUGGAACAGAGCAAUGCGAGCUCACCCCGUCACGGGGAUUCGAACCACCAACCUUCUGAUCAGCAAGCCCAAGAGGCUUAGUGGCUUAGACCACAGCGCCACCCGAGUCCCAUAAACCUACCAAGCUCUAGCUGGCAACCUGGGGUUGUGCUGCAGGCUUUAAACAUUCUCACGCUUUUCUGGGCUUGAGCAAUGCUGCCUAUUGCAGAGGUUUCUGAGAACGUUAAAUGCCCUGGCCAAAACGUGACUUCUCUCAAGAUGCUGAGUGCUGUUCCAAGAAAGCAUAAGUGAACACACUGCUAAAUGUUUAGGUACUUUCCUGAACUGGGCCGUGAGCACAGAAUCCCUGAGAACCUCUGCUAUCAUUUUUAUAAAGCAAGUUUCUGGUCCUUAUUGAUGUGAAAACGUCACAUGCGAAAUCGUGGCAGGCAGCUUUGCAGAAGCUUUCCCACUCACAGGCACUGGUGCUUCUGGAGCUUUCUUUAGGGUCACCCAGAAGCUAGCCUCUCGCGCCCCCCGCCCCAGAUGCCAAGAUGCAAAAGAGGGACUUUUCAGUCCUUGUGCAAAAGAGGGACUUUCAGCCAGUCUAGCUUGUCAUGCUGAUCUGGGCCACUAGGGAAGGUUGCCAGAGCCCUGUGUCCUCUAUGCAUUUUCUGCAUAUCAAAAAAAAAAUGAAGAUGCUUUUCUGGCCGGAAAUCGCUGAGGGAGAAGCAGUGACGGUAGCCGUUCCAACUGCACCAUGCUGCCAAAGGACGAUAAGAAGAAGAAGGACGCGGGCAAGUCGGCCAAGAAGGACAAGGACCCCGUCAACAAGUCUGGCAGAAAAGCCAAGAAGAAGAAGUGGUCCAAAGGAAAAGUAAGAGAAAGUAAGGGACAACCUUGUUCUGUUUGACAAAGCUACUUACGACAAGCUGUGCAAGGAGGUGCCAAACUACAAACUCAUCACACCUGCUGUGGUCUCUGAAAGGCUGAAGAUUUGAGGCUCCUUGGCUAGAGGAACUUCUCAGCAAAGGCCUAAUCAAACUGGUGUCCAAGCACAGAGCCCAGGUCAUCUACAUCCGAAACACCAAGGGGGGAUGCACCAGCUGCUGGGAAGGACAUAUAAAAGGUUCUUGGGAGGUUUUUAGACUCUGUAAAUGACUAAAAUAAAAUAAUUUGAACUCCUGGGGGAAAAAAUGAAGAUGCUUUAAAACUGUAACCACCACUACAAAAAUAAAAAAUAAAACUCAAAGUAAAUAUUACAGGUGGUGGAAAUCUGUGUGAGAGCAACCAUGUUUGCAUAUGCAGAUGCCGGUGAGUGGAAAAGCUGAGGCUUCCUUGAGGCUGCGGAUAGACAGACUGCGGAGGCAAGCUCACUGUCCAGAUGUCUGCUGAUAAUGAGGGUCUCCCCGGGCUAUCAUGUUGAGUGGAAAACAAGCUCAGCUGUUAACUUGGUGGUUUUAUGGGGGAUCCAGAUGUCUUUUUUAAAGGUUUCCUUUCGCCAGCACUCUCUCUAUAGCAGCAGCGUUCUCUUGCUAGACAGGAAAGCCUUUGCGCAGUUUAAUGGUCACUCCCAUGGCCUGGGUCUUGCUCUAUGGCAGAGUUAGUUUAACGGGUGAUGUGGCCCAGCAGCCAUAACUGCAGCGCAGUGCUGCUUUUGUCUAUAAAUGGAUUUACCAUGUUAAGAGAUUGAAGCGUGCCUCUUUAAUGUGGCUUCCUGACUGUUUUUUGUUUUGCCCUUUGCAGUCUGACACUUCUGGGGAUUAUGAGGCCACGUUGCUCAGGAUCUGCGGUGGAGACGACUGAUGGGGAUGAAGUGCCGAGCCCUGGAGUUUCCUGCUUUGCGCUGCAGUCCUCCUCUGCGGAGUUUCUGAAUGUUUAAACGAGUGUAAAAUUGCCACCGCGUUUUCUUUAUCGCUUUCUCAAUUAGGCUCCGUAACAAGCAGAUGCUUAUUUUAGCACCUCCCUCCAGGCAAUCGAUGACAUUUGCCGCCACACACGCUGCGUCUUUGGAUGAAACCUGCGCCCGAAAUUGUACGGGCCAGAUCUGCUGGCGCUAAAGAAAUUGUUGAUGCCCGAGAGGUUGGAAUCUGCCUAGAUAUAUGAAAGACAUAAAUCAAUGAGUUGUAUAUAUCCAGUAUCUAGUGCUCUCUCUCACGAUUUGAAUAAAGCUUCCCCCUGCCAAAAAAAAUCCUUUACCC